UGUACGAACAGCCGGUGAAAAUAUUCUUCGCGCAAUAUUGUUGAUCUAAUUCGAUACGAAAUGUUACGAAUAAUAUUUUUCAUGUUCAUAUGUGGUUUCGCUGGCGUUCACUCUGCCAGCCUUGAAACAGUGAGCGAUGAAGAGCUCAUAAAUCUAAUAAAAACGGAGAAAUAUGUGGUCGUGCUUUUCACAAAUAAAGAUUGCGAAGCAUGUGAUAACUAUGAGAAUGAGAUGAUACAUUUAAGAGAGGAUUUGGUGAAUUCGUUGUCUGCUUGGGUUAUUAAAGCUGUGGAUAGUCAGUUGCUUCGACUUUAUAGUGCUAAUAAAGAACCAGCACUUGUAUUUUUUAGACAUGGAAUGCCUUUACUUUAUGAUGGCCCAUUAAAUGAUGAGGAAAUUUUCAUUAUGUUCACUGAAAAUAAGGAACCUACAGUAAAGGAACUGACAGAUGAUACAUUUGAACAUUUAACUCAAGCAAGUAGUGGAGCUGCAGCUGGAGACUGGUUUGUUAUGUUCUAUAGCACUGACUGUGUAGAAUGUGUUAGAAUGAUUGCAAGGUGGGAAGCUGUGGGUGCAAAACUUAAGCAAAAGCUUAAUGUAGCACGAAUUGAUAAAUAUACAACUGGAGCUUCCACAGCAAGACGAUUUAAUGUCUUUGACGCCCCUGCAUUUAUAUUCUUUAGACAUGGUAAAAUGUAUCGCUAUCAGAUCCCAAAAUAUGACAUUAACUCUUUUGUAUCAUUUGCAAAAGAAUGGUACAGAAACGCGCGUGCCGAGAUUGUUCCCGUACCGCAAAGCCCAUUUGACGAUCUUGUACAAAUGAUUGCAAAUUUUCUUCGUGAAAAUCCGUGGGUAAUGAAGCUUGGCAGUAUGACAAUUGGUGUAUUCAUUAUAAUUUCCGUAGCAUCUAAGUUUAGGCGUAAAACUGAGGUGGCUCUAAAGAAAGACUAA